UGCAGAUGAUCUUCCUGGGAAACAUCACUCUUUGUAUGUAAAGAAUAUCUCACUGCGUUGCUGCAACUGAGUUUAGAAUGUUACUUGACUUGUGAUUCUGAUGGAGGAAUAACCAGAUCUCAGGCUGCUGCACUGGAAGACUUUACAGGAAAUACAAAAUGUCAUCGAAUAGGAGUCAGAACCCGCAUGGACUUAAACAGAUCGGUCUUGACCAGAUAUGGGAUGACCUAAGAGCUGGAAUUCAACAGGUUUACACCAGGCAAAGUAUGGCAAAAUCCAGAUACAUGGAACUCUACACUCAUGUUUAUAACUACUGUACUAGUGUACACCAGUCUAAUCAAGCACGAGGAGCUGGAGUACCUCCUUCUAAAUCGAAAAAGGGCCAGACACCUGGAGGUGCUCAGUUUGUUGGCUUGGAAUUGUACAAACGGCUAAAAGAAUUUCUGAAGAACUACUUGACAAAUCUCCUUAAGGAUGGCGAAGAUUUGAUGGAUGAGAGUGUGCUGAAAUUCUACACUCAACAGUGGGAAGAUUAUAGGUUUUCAAGCAAAGUAUUGAAUGGGAUAUGUGCCUACCUCAAUCGACAUUGGGUUCGUCGUGAGUGUGAUGAAGGUCGUAAAGGAAUAUAUGAAAUUUAUUCGCUUGCCUUGGUGACCUGGAGAGACUGCUUAUUCAGGCCAUUAAAUAAGCAGGUGACAAAUGCUGUGUUGAAAUUGAUUGAAAAGGAAAGAAAUGGUGAAACUAUCAAUACAAGGCUGAUCAGUGGAGUUGUACAAUCUUAUGUGGAGCUGGGGCUGAAUGAAGAUGAUGCAUUUGCAAAAGGACCUACACUAACUGUCUAUAAAGAAUCCUUUGAAUCUCAGUUUCUUGCUGACACAGAGAGAUUUUAUACACGAGAAAGUACUGAAUUCUUGCAACAGAACCCAGUCACAGAGUACAUGAAGAAGGCUGAAGCUCGCCUUCUUGAGGAGCAGCGUAGAGUUCAGGUAUAUCUCCAUGAGAGCACACAAGAUGAGUUAGCACGAAAAUGUGAGCAAGUACUUAUUGAAAAACACCUGGAGAUAUUUCAUACAGAGUUUCAGAAUUUGUUGGAUGCUGACAAAAAUGAAGACUUGGGACGCAUGUAUAACCUUGUAUCUCGAAUCCAGGAUGGCCUUGGAGAGCUGAAAAAACUUUUGGAAACCCACAUUCAUAAUCAGGGUCUAGCUGCAAUUGAGAAAUGUGGAGAAGCUGCUCUAAAUGCAA